AUGACGAGCCGCGCAACAGAACAGCUAUCCCUGGUCAUGAUAUUAUUACAGAUUGCAUUCUUUAUGAAACACUACGAAGCCAGCGUCACGCAUACUGUGGUCUUUUUAGACAUCGAUGUGACCGAGGUGCAGUGCAUCGUGGCAACAUUGCUGCUCCUUACCGGCAUGUACGGGCAGGGGUUUUGGUCAGAGACUGCUGAAUGGGCUCCUGGCCUCCAUGUAUAUCGAGCAUCACUCCCGGUUGGCAUCGCUGUUGCCGGCUUCUCCGCAAGCAUACUUCACUCCAUGCUCGUCGUGUUUUGCGGCUACAAAACCCGACUGGAACAGGUUGGCAUCGCGAUUCCAAGGCGACCCUACUCGUACAAGCCGUUGGGCCAGGCCGCAAUAACGACAUGCUGCGCAGUUUUUGCUCACGUUUUCGGUGCGGCAAAGCUAGACGUGACGCUCUUUGUGCUUGCGUACGGAUUGGCCUUUGCCAAGAUCAGCAUAAAGCUCAAUGUUCUCAGCAAGGCACGAGCUGAUGUCCCAUGCAUCGAUACCGCUUUGGUCUUGACCAUGUCGUUGACUCUUUGCUACGUGCUCGCCUUGGGCAGGGCGUCCCGCACAACGGCAACAUGCUUGAUUGCGUGUAUUGUCGCGGUGGGCGUGGUCGACAUUUUGGUGUUUUCAGUUCUGGCAACGUGGGACUUUGAAGAGGCGAGGGGGAUCAAGGCAUUCAAAAUUUGUCAUGGUGGCAAAUAUAUCAAGCCGCCCUGCGAUGGCUUCUACAUCAAUUCAUCAAACCUGGACGAUAUGAGACAACAGUGGCUAGAGCUCCAAGAGAGGGAGCCCGACCUCCUUCACGCCUUGUACUGUCAGUAG